GGGAGGCCCCGGCCGCCGCGGGUCAUUGUCCUGGCGGAGCUGUGCGACCACAGUCUGCCGUGUCACCCGGGGCGCUGGAGGGAUGGCCACCCAGCUGCUGACUGACGAGGCCCUGGAGUCAGUGACGUUCAGGGAUGUGGCUGUGGACUUCACCCAGGAGGAGUGGCAGCAGCUGGAGCCCGCCCAGAAGGACUUGUACAGAGAUGUGAUGCUGGAGAACUACAGGAACCUGGUGUCUCUGGACUUGGAGUCUAGACCUGAAAUGAAGGGAUCGGGUCCAAAGGAGGACACUGCAGAGCACAGGCCACCCGUCGGGGCGGUGGCCGAGAGACCCACGAGGAACGGUGCCUGCGGCCUGGCCUUCGAAGGCGCGUGGACACGGGGUGACUGCGUGGAGAAGCGGCCGCAGCGGGGCGCCAGGACCUGCCUGGGGCGGUCGGAGGGCCCCCAGGAGCUCGCCCCCGAGUGCCUGGAACCCCAGGCCGUCCCCCCGCAGAGCUCCAGCCUGCGCCCGCCGCCGGCGGAGGGUCGGGGGCCCGCGGGGGCCCAGCCGCGCGCCGCGCGCCGCGCAGACCGCAGCCGGCGCCCCCGGCGGGACGCGGAGGGAAAGCCGUUCGCGUGCGCCGCGUGCGGCAAGGCCUUCAGCCGCAGCUCGUCGCUCGUGAAGCACCGGAGGACCCACACCGGGGAGCGGCCCUUCGAGUGCGACGUGUGCGGGAAGCACUUCAUCGAGCGCUCGUCGCUCACCAUCCACCGCCGGGUGCACACCGGGGAGAAGCCGCACCGCUGCGGGGACUGCGGCAGGGCCUUCAGCCAGCGCAUGAACCUGAUCGUGCACCAGCGCACGCACACGGGCGAGAAGCCGUACGCGUGCGCCGCGUGCGGCAAGGCCUUCCGCAAGACCUCGUCCCUGGCGCAGCACGAGCGCGUGCACACGGGCGAGCGGCCGUACGCGUGCGGGGACUGCGGCAAGGCCUUCAGCCAGAACAUGCACCUGACCGUGCACCGGCGCACGCACACGGGCGAGAAGCCGUACGCGUGCGCGGAGUGCGGGCGCGCCUUCAGCCAGAACAUGCACCUGACCGAGCACCGGCGCACGCACACCGGCGAGAAGCCGUUCCGCUGCGGGGACUGCGGCAAGGCCUUCAACAAGAGCUCGUCGCUCACGCUGCACCGGCGGAACCACACGGGCGAGAAGCCGUACGCGUGCGGCCAGUGCGGCAAGGCCUUCAGCCAGAGCUCCUACCUGAUCCAGCACCAGCGCUUCCACAUCGGCGUCAAGCCCUUCGAGUGCAACGCGUGCGGCAAGGCCUUCAGCAAGAACUCGUCGCUCACGCAGCACCGGCGGGUGCACACGGGCGAGAAGCCGUACGAGUGCGCCGUGUGCAGGAAGCACUUCACGGGCCGCUCGUCCCUGCUCGUGCACCAGACGGGCCACACGGGCGAGAAGCCGUUCGCGUGCGGCGAGUGCGGCAAGGCCUUCAGCCAGAGCGCGUACCUGAUCGAGCACCAGCGCAUCCACACGGGCGAGAAGCCGUACCGCUGCGCGCAGUGCGGCAAGGCCUUCAUCAAGAACUCCUCGCUCACCGUCCACCAGCGCACGCACACCGGCGAGAAGCCGUACCGCUGCGGCGAGUGCGGGAAAACCUUCAGCCGCAACACCAACCUCACGCGCCACCUGAGGAUCCACACGUAGGUGCGGCGCGGGCGGUGCAGACGCGGGCCCGGGCAGCUCGCGCCAGGCGGGCCUGACGAGUGCGGGCGUGAGCACGGGCCCUCUCGCUGCGGGGCGCCUGCCAGGCCGCAGGAGGAAGGCAGGCCCUCCGCGUCUAAUGUACUUGGGAACGUGGUCGGGGUCGCUGGGGCCGGGUGCUCACGGGAGCCCCAAGACCCGGGCCAUCAGGGUUCGGGGCCAUGGCAGUGGACUGUAAGAGCCGGGACGAAGCAUUUAGUGUCCCCGGGGGACACUCAGGGGUAAAGCGGAGGAGGGGGCAGCUGGGAAGGGGAGGUGGACUCCAUAAGUGAACGUGGGGACAUUUGGGACCCUAGUCUGGUCCAGAUGCCAGGUUGGCACCCUCCUGAGUUUCUCCUGGGGUGGAAGGAGGGGCCCCUCCUCCGUCCCUCUGCCUGUCCCCAAGCCACCAAAGCAGCAGAAGGUGGCAAGCUGUGUGUGACAGGGAAGAGGUCUUUUUCAGAGUCAGCAAAUAACAAUAAGCACUUUGGAUGCCCAGGUUUCUCAGAGCAGUCUGUUCAUUUUUUUUUUUUCAAUAAA